AUGGCGAGCAGCAGCCGCAGCAGUCCCGACUCACAGCAUGUCACUGGCGCGGCGCUGCGCGAGGACCUGCCGCUGAAGGCGGGCAGCGGAGUGCGCGCGCGGUGCUGCGCGCCCGGCCCGCGCCUUAUCCUCACCGCGUUCGCCGUGCUCUCCGCGGCCAUCACUCUGGCGCUCGUUACGCAAAUCUACUACGGUGACUUCGAGCUAGUCCCGCACGGCAGCGUGUCGUCGUCGGCCGCGGCGUGUUCCCGCGCGGGCACGGACGCGCUGAAGGCGGGCGGCCGCGCGCUGGACGCCGCCGCCGCCGCCGCGCUCUGCCUGGCCGUGCUGGCGCCGCACCGCACCUCCCUCGACGCGAGCGGGGCGAUGCUGUACUGGGAGUACCGUGCGGCACGCACGCGCCCCCCCACUCUGUACGAGUGGGGGGGCGCCAGUGAGGCUGGCCGCCAGGGCGCUGCCGGGCGCCCGCCCCGCCUCGUGCUCGCACUCGCCACGCUGCACGCUCAACUCGGCGCCCUGCCAUGGCAGCAGCUACUUAUGCCCGCCAUACGGUUAGCGAAAGAGGGCUACCAGGUAUCAGAGGGACUGGCAGCGGCGGCUGGUGCGGCGGACUCGACACUGGCGACAGGGACGAUGGCCGCAGGGUCCCUGGUCACGGCGCCAGCGCUGGCCGCCUUCUUGUCCUCGCUACUGGCCAACACUAGCUCCGAACUGACGGAGGCGUGGCAUGGCGCAGCGCUGGUGCGUAGUUCGACGCCAGUAGAGGCCCGCGCGGGGUCCUGGCGCGUGCUGACGCCGCCGGGCGCCGCGGGCGCCGCGCGCGCGCUCCAAGCCGCACUGUUGCCGGCGCCUGCCUCACCCGACGAAGCACAAAGCAGGGUGAUCGCAGCGCUGCAGGUGGAGUCGCGCGCGGGCCAGCUGCGGGCGGACGGGCCGGCCACGGGCCUGGCGGCCGUCGACCAGUACGAUACAUACAUCGCUCUCGUCACAGGGCUGUCGGCGCCUUUCGGAUCGGGCCCGGUGGUAGAGGGCGGCGCGCCAGACGGGUCGGGCUGGGCGCUAAAAGGAGUGGGCUGGACGCUGGAUGAGCCGCAUGCACAGCUCGACCUAGCUCCCGCUAUUAUGCUCGACACCACCGUCUGCGGCACGCGGUACGUGCUGGGGGCGGAGUCGACGAGCGCCCUGGCGCAGGCGGGCGCGGCGCUGGUGGUGGACGGCGCGGCCGGCGCCGUGGAGCGCGCGCGCGUGGCGCUGCGGCCCGCCGGCCUGUUGGCGCUGGAGGCCGGGCGCGCGCCGCCGCCCGCCGCCGCGCUGCCGGCGCCGCCCGCCUACAACGCCACGCCGCCGCACGCCGCCGUCAACCUGGUGCAGCAGCGCGCCGACGCGCUGGCGUCGCACGCCGACAGUCGCGGCGGAGGACUCGCCUCGCGGUUCUGA